UUACUCAGUCAUGAGCUCAGGGAGCGCGGCGUGAGGACCAGCAGCCCGUGCCAUGCAGGGCUCCUGCCCCCGGCCCAGGGUGGCUCCGAGGGGACACUGUGGGCGCAGCCCGGCUCGGCGGCCGCGCGGCUGCGGGCUCUGAGGGACCCCGGCUGGCCGGGGAUGCACUGAGCGCUGCUGGAGCCCCUCUGGGACGGGAUGAGUCAGUUCUGAGAGGCUGCUCCGCCGCCCCGGCUGCGUCUGACCCAGCUCGGCACGGCUCAGAUGCUCUCCCUGCUGCUGAGGAUGGCUGGGCGGCGGGCAUGAAGCAGAAGUGAACGUGGGAUGCGGAGCCGCGGCUUCCCGGGAGCGGAACUCGCUGCAGGUUCUCAGGGUUGGAGCUCUGCACCACGCUGGUGAUGUUCAGCCCGUCCUCUGCCGUGAGCCCGUGCCCCUCCCCGCGGGUGCCCCAGGCCGUCCCCAUGGACCUGCGCAUCGGGCAGCGCCUGCUCAAGCCCCAGGACACGGCGCUGCUGGCCCUGAAGCAGCAGCAGCUGCAGCACCAGCUCUUCCUGGCCAGCCUGCACCAGCAGCAGGUGGAGCAGCUCGCCCACCAGCACGCCAGGGUGGCCAUGGAGGCCCCGCCCCGCGAGGCUGAGCCGGCCCAGCAGGAGCAGGAGCUGCGGCAGAUCCUCAACAAGGACAAGAGCAAGCGCAGUGCCGUGGCCAGCACGGUGGUGAAGCAGAAGUUGGCCGAGGUCAUCCUGAAGAAGCAGCAGGCAGCUCUGGAGAGGAGCAGCAACGCCCCCGCUGCAGCGCUGCCCUACAGGUCCCUGGAGCCGCUGGAGCCCGAGGGUCCCUCCCCUGCCAUGCUCAGCACCUUCCUGUCCCCCGUGCCCAGCACUUCUCUCGACACCCCCGAGCAUUUCCCGCUGCGGAAAACAGUGUCCGAGCCCAACCUGAAGGUUCGCUGCAAGCCCAGGAAGUGCCUGGAGCGGCGCAAGAACCCCCUGACCCGCAAGGAGAGCGCGCCCCCCUCGCUGAAGAGGCGCCCGCCCGACGCCAUCGACUCGUCCCCCAGCAGCAGCAGCACCCCCGUGUCGGGCUGCAGCUCUCCCAACGACAGCCUGCCCGCCGAGCACGCCGCGCUGCCCGCCCCGGGCGGGGCCCACGAGGCGCCGCUGGCCCAGCGGCUGCUGCUGCAGGAGAGCUCCCUGGCCCAGUUUGCCCUGCAGAGCGCGGCCUCCCUGCCGGCCAUCACCCUGGGCCUGCCGGCCACCACCGGCGCCAGGGGUGACACCGAGCGCCGGGCGCUGCCCGGCCUGGCUCACCGGGUCCCGGUGCUCAACGGGCCGGUGCUCCCGGGCUCGCACGCGCCGCUCUUCAUCCCAGCCAGCCUGGAGCAGCACGAGGCCGGCGCUGCCCUGUCCCCCCGGCUGCAGCCCGUCAUCAUCCUCGAGCCCUCGGUCACCCACGCGCCGCUGGUGGCGGUGCCGGGCCUGGGCGCGGUGCCCUUCUCCUUCGCGCCCGCGCUGGUGCCCGCCGAGCGCCUGGCGCUGCCCGGGCAGCACAAACCGCUGGGCAGGACGCGCUCCGAGCCGCUGCCCCCCAGCCCCAGCGCCGCGCAGCACCACCUGCUCUUCCAGCAGCACCACGGCCACCUCCUCGAGAGGCUCCGGCAGCAGGCGCACCUGGGCAAGCGCCUGGCCAAGCCCAGCGAGAAGCCGCGGCUGCGGCAGAUCCCGUCCUCGGAGGACAUGGAGGCCGAGGGGACCGUCCCGGCGGCCGAGGCUGCGGAGCCCAGCAGGGCCCGGGCGGAGCCGGCCCGGCCCGGCAGCAGCGGGAAGGAGCCCGAGAGGACGCACAAGAUGGGGCAGCCGCAGGACGAGCUGGUCCUGCAGCAGGCCCUCCUGUGGGACUCCUUCCAGCGGGUGCAGCAGCAGCUGCUCAAGCGCCAGCCCUUGGCCGACCCCCCCGUGCUCCCCCCCGGCCACCGGCCCCUGUCCCGGGCCCAGUCGUCCCCGGCCACGGCCACCGUGUCCCUCCCGGCCCAGGACACCAAGGCACUGGCCCUGCCCGUGCAGGAGCAGCCGCCCAAGCCGCACUUCACCACAGGGCUGGUUUAUGACUCGGUGAUGCUGAAGCACCAGUGCUCCUGCGGGGACAACAGCAACCACCCCGAGCACGCGGGCAGGAUCCAGAGCAUCUGGUCCCGGCUGCAGGAGCGGGGCCUGCGCAGCCGCUGCGAGUGCCUGCGGGGCCGCAAGGCCACCCUGGAGGAGCUGCAGUGCGUGCACAGCGAGCGCCACGUGCUGCUCUACGGCACCAACCCCCUCAACCGCCUCAAACUGGACAACGGCAAGCUGGCAGGGAUCCUGUCCCAGAGGACGUUUGUGAUGCUGCCCUGCGGAGGGGUGGGGGUGGACAGUGACACCAUCUGGAACGAGCUGCACUCGUCCAACGCCGCGCGCUGGGCGGCGGGCAGCGUCACCGAGCUGGCCUUCAAGGUGGCCACCAGGGAGCUGAAGAACGGCUUUGCCGUGGUGCGGCCGCCCGGACACCACGCGGAUCCUUCCACGGCCAUGGGAUUCUGCUUCUUUAACUCGGUGGCCAUCGCUGCCAGGCAGCUGCAGCAGAAGGGGAAGCUCAGCAAGAUCCUCAUCGUGGACUGGGACGUUCACCACGGCAACGGGACCCAGCAGAUCUUCUACAGGGACCCCGAGGUUCUCUACAUCUCCCUGCACCGCCACGACGACGGCAACUUCUUCCCGGGCAGCGGGGCCCCCGACGAGGUGGGCGCUGGCCCCGGCGAGGGCUUCAACGUCAACGUGGCCUGGGCUGGAGGGCUCGACCCCCCCAUGGGGGACCCCGAGUACCUGGCUGCCUUCAGGACCGUGGUGAUGCCCAUUGCCCACGAGUUCUGCCCCGACCUGGUGCUGGUGUCGGCCGGGUUCGACGCCGCCGAGGGCCACCCGCCCCCCCUGGGGGGCUACAAAGUCUCUGCCAAGUGUUUUGGCUACAUGACCAAGCAGCUGAUGAGCCUGGCGGGGGGGGCCGUGGUGCUGGCCCUGGAGGGGGGACACGACCUCACGGCCAUCUGCGACGCGUCCGAGGCCUGCGUGUCCGCCCUGCUGGGCCACGAGCCGGAGCCGCUCCCCGAGGACAGCCUGAGGCAGAAGCCCAACGCCAACGCCGUGCGCUCCCUGGAGGCCGUGAUCCAGGUCCAGAGUCGAUACUGGGUGGCCGUGCAGCGCUUCGCCUCCAAGCUGGGCUGCUCCUUCCUCGAGGCUCAGCACCACGAGGCCGACGAGGUGGAGACGGUCACGGCCCUGGCCUCCCUCUCGGUGGCCGUGAUGGUGGAGAAGAGGGCGCAGGAGGAGCCCAUGGAGCAGGAGGAGCCCAUGAGCCAGUGACACUGGGGACAGUCCCCGGCGCGGCCGCAGCCCCCGGAGGUCCCGAUCCCUUUGUCCCCCCGCUCCCGAGGCCCUGGGCAGGCCUGGACUCCUGGAAGGGACAUUCCCACCUCCAACGGGACGGGACCACGGAGAGCCCCGGGCCUGGACCGUGCCCAGGGCCCCCCCAGCUUUGGGACCCCUCGAGGGGGUGAGACCCCCCAGCCCUGCGGCGCUGACCCCCGAGCCCGGGCCCCUCCAGCAGGGAGUGCCGGACGCUGGGAUGGACGCUGGGACCAGCCUGGGCACGGCUCCCGAGCCCGGGAGGAGCAUCCCGGGGUUUGCUCCGUGGGCUGGGAUCUCCGUGCCCUCCCCAGAGCUUCCCUGGCUCCCCUCGCCCUGCUGGGCACGGGGACAGAGCGGCAGGGACCGGCCGGGAGCUCGGGGGCCUCCCCAGGAAGGUCUGGGGCACCCCAGGAAUGUUUGGGGCACCCCAGGAAGGUUUGGGGACACCCCGAGGAACGUUCUGAGCACCCCAAAGAAGAUUUGGAGCUCCCCAGGAAGGUCUGGGGCACCCCAGGAAGGUUUGGGGCACCCCAAGGAAGGUUUGGGGACACCCCAAGGAAGAUAUGGAGCCCCCCAAAGAAGAUUUGGAGCUCCCCAAGGAAAGUUUGGAGCCUUCUGGGGAAGGUUUGGGGCAUCCCAAGGAAGAUGUGGAGUCUCCCAAGGAAGAUUUGGAGCCCCCCAAGGAAUGUCUGGAGCCCCCCAAGGAAUGUCUGGAGCCCCCCAAGGAAUGUCUGGAGCCUCCCCAGCGAGGGCAGAGCGGGGUCGGGGCGUGGGCAGUGCCCGGGGGUCCCUCCUGCCCAGUUUGCACUAUGGACCCUGCCAGCCCUGAUGUCAGCCUGGCUCCUCUUCCCGGGGGAAUUUUGGGACCCUGCCCCUCCUGCCGAGCCCCCUCCAGCCCCCCGAGGCCCUGCCUGGCUGUGGGUCCAGCCCCUGAGCCCCUCCCCAGCCCAGGCUCCCCAGUUCCCACUGGGGAUCCCCCAGGGAUGCCCAAAGCCCCUCGGUCCUGUCCCUGCCCUGUCCCUGUCCUGUCCCUGUCCCUGUCCUGUCCCUGCCCUGUCCCUGUCCCUGUCCUGUUCCUGUCCCCAUCCCUGUCCCUGUCCCUGUCCCUGUCCUGAGGUGACAGGGGUGGAUCCAGAGCUUCCAACCCGAGCCUUCCACCCCCAUUUCCCUUUUCCCCAAAAGCCUUCCCUGCACCCCGAGGGGUCCCACCAGGAGCAGGCCCUGUCCCGGGGCUCUGGGGACAGAGGGGACAGCCCUGGGGACAGAGGGGACAGCCCUGGGUACAGAGGGGACAGAGCCCUGGGGACAGAGGGGACAGCCCUGGGGACAGAGAGGGGACAGCCCUGGGUACAGAGGGGACAGAGCCCUGGGGACAGAGGGGACACAGCCCUGGGGACAGAGGGGACACAGCCCUGGGGACAGAGAGGGGACAGCCCUGGGGACAGAGGGGACAGCCCUGAGGACAGCAGGGACAACUCUGGGGACAGAGAGGGGACAGAGCCCUGGGAACAGAGGGGACACAGCCCUGGGGACAGAGGGGACAGCCCUGGGGACAGCCCUGGGGACAGAGGGGACCCAGCCGUGGCUGAGCUGGGCGUGGGGCAGCUCCGGCCGUGGGAGAUUUUGUAUAAAAACAAAACAAAAAACAAAAACAAACUUUAAAAGGAAAAAAAAGGAAUUGAAACCUUGGUGUGGCUCAGGGUGGGGGUCCCGAGGGGGUCCCAGGGGGGUCCCGAGGGGGUCCCAGGGGGGUCCCGGGGGUGUGGAGGGACCUCCCAAGCUCCAUCCUGCUGGAAUUUACCCGGAGGAAUCCACCAUGCACAGAUUUUUGGGGGCUUUCCCCCCAAAAAGGGUCAGAAGGGUCCUUAGGAUGAUGUUUGGCUCAUUUUAAGGGCUUUUGGCUCAUUUUAAAGUUUUUUUGCUCAUUUAAAA